AUGAAUGGUACACUAAUUCCCACUAAUCUCACUCCCCACAAAAAAAUACUAUGCUAUUUUAUAAUAAAUAAAAUCAUUCCUACUAGCUAACAAUUUUCUAUUUAAUAUAUAAUAGCUGCCAAAAGAAAUGUUUAUAUUCAUUAUAAGUGGGCAUAUCUUUUUUAUAAUAAAUAGAGAAAUUUCCUAUAGCUCUCUCUAGACUAUAUAAGAAAAUCAACAAAAUAUCUAUUCAAUAUAAGCAGCAUAUCAUUAGCCGAUGUGUAUGACUAUAAAAAACUCGACAGUAAUGAUCGAUCCUCUAAUUAUGUAUAUCAGCAUUCCCGGACCUCAUUGACUCCUCUCCCGACCACAGCAAUCUCUUCUCCGAACACUUCAGUUAAAAUAUAUGCAACUCCCAAAACCACGAAGCCUAACCGAAUUAGGCACAGCCAGCCGCUUCCUCAAUCUGUCAACGAUUAUCAAGCCACUCGAAACCUUGCAGCACGCUACGAGCUCCUCUUAAAAAAUGACCAUCACAUAAUGAAAACUAUGUUUAAAGAAAAGAGAGCUGAUUUCGAAAAAACCUCGCCGCCUGUGAUAUGAGACGUUAUUAUGCCUCGAGUCAUCAAUAAAUUUAAAGAACUGAGUUCCCGCCGCACCAGAACCCCUUUAAAAGUUAAAGAAGUCAACCCAUUCAUGAUAAAAAGGACAUUUAAUAAAAUUUUCAAAAGCAAAGAAGCUUACCAGAAAGCAAAUCAAAUUGUAAAGCUUAAAAAAAUCGAAAGUAUAGGGGAUUUUCGAGUGAAAAAUGCAGUAAAGGCAUUGUGUGAGUUUUCUGAAAGAAGCCAAGGAAUCUCUGUUUGGAAAUUAGGGGAAUUGCUGGUUUCGUUAGGCUUGAGUGAGAAACCGAAAAGUCUGCUGGAAAUUUUGAGUUUAUGCUUCAACACGAGUGACCCAAUGAAUUGUCUGACAAAUGAAAAUGAAAUUAUUGCGCUCUGUAGCUCGUCCGAUGUGUUUUUGAACAAGCUGAACUGUUUGGCGUUUGACGAAACAGUUAAAAGUGAGCAAAAAGUGAUUUUUCAAACAGGAAUCUCUAUUUUUGACACAAAUGAGGACAAAAGAGCUAUUAAAAAGCAAGAUAUUUCGCUGAUGAGAAAACAGACAAAUCUAGAGCAGUCAAGAAGCUUUGAUGAGCAGCUGGAGAUUAUAAACCACUUGUGAAAUAAGUCUGAUAAAGCUCAAGGGUUUUUAGAUAAAAAGAGAGUGCUAGGUAUUGUUAUCGAAAUUGGGAUUGUAUCCAAUAUGAGCGAUGCUAAAAGGUUUGUAGAGGGCAUUGAAAAUGUGGAGAAAUACAACCACUCUUCAUUCCUUAAAAUCUUUGUUAAGACACUUUUGAAAGGACUGAUCUUAAAAGUGUCAGAAAUUUUAGAAAAAAAGGAAAGGGCAGGAUCGCAGUCACCAACUUUGAAACUAAGCCGAUGAAAGCGUAAACUUCUACUAAAAGGUAUAGAGGAAGGCGAUAACACAACGCAUGAUGCCAUUAAACUGUUCCAUAAAGUCAAUAAUCCAGCUGGAUCUGAUCCUAUUUAA